GGCACAAGGAACAGUUGUUAUGUUGUGUUUGAAUAGUUGUUUUGAUCUAAUAGGCUUUUGUAUAUUUACUUAUACUUUAUUAAAAUGAGUAGUGGUCAAGAUAAGAACAUAAAAGGCUACGGUAGGGUCAUGUCUCGUGUGUAUAAUCGUUCCCAUAGCAAUCUUAAAGCAACUUCUAGUGUUUUGAGUCAUGUUACAUCGACAAAUUCUGGCGCGAAACGUCCAUCUGUUUCGAGUGUUAGGACUGGGGUUUUCAGUGAUUUACCGAUUGUGCUGAAUGAUUACGUUCCCGAUACAGUUAGUAAAAAAGACUUGAAACAAAGUACUGUGGUUAAACCGAGACGAACUUUAAAAUCUUUGGUGCCAGGAAAGAAGCCUCUUCUUCGUGUAGAGAGAAAUAUUAAGUACAAUGAAACUAAUAGUUCUUUAAACGUAUGUGCAUCUGCUCCUUCUGUAUUGGGUCGAAACACUGAAAGUUGUCCUGACUCACAUGUUAGACACUGUUUAUCAAGCAGGUCUCACUCUAGACUAAAGGAAUUAAAGGAUGAAAUAAAGUCAUAUCAAGAUACUGAACAAUUACUGAAGCUGAGAAGUAGACUGUACAAGAGAUGUGGUGUUGUGUUAAAUGAUGUGGGUCGGGUGGCUGAGGACAAGGCUGUACAGGCUGAGGACAUAGAUGUCAAACAAGAUGACUUCAGCAGAACGCAGCGGCGAGCGGAUGCCGGAGCCGCUGUGUCUCACGAACAGAUGAGAUCCGGCCCAACGGUUUACCCAGUCGAUAGAUAUAUGGUUAAGAGCGGCAACAAGAUGGAAAUGGUUAAUGUCACUGACGAUGAAAUAUGGAUUCCGACGUCGGCAAUAAAGCCCGAGGACGAGGCGAUGUUGGACAGGCUGGGCGACCUCCUGCGCGCCGCCGCCCAGGACCUGGCCCUCGUCUCCGGCCAGCUCGUACCGCGCACCCCGCGCCCCACCGUCCUGCCUGCACCUCUAGACCAACAGUUCAAUGAAAAGGUCCACAUAGAAGAAAUAGUCAAUGCAAAGUUUCAUAGAUAUAACAUUGACGAAAAACCAUUGCCCAAAAAAUCUCAAGAAACGGGAACUAGAAAUAUGUGCAUAAAACCUGUCCCGAAAACAGUUAAUGCCUCUGUCCAAGUUAAUCGACUGUCGAAACCGACAAAGCCUUGUAAAAAGAACUUAGCUAUAUCGCGAACCAAAAUUGUACAAAUUGAUGAACAUUUUAGUGAUAAUGUAAAAGAUGUCAAACUUAAUAAUGCUAAGUGUAGUGCUGGUGGCCCUUGUGUUGCAUAUAAUGAAUUUACUUACACCUACGAGGAACCUAAAGUGAAGAAUUGUAAUCAGAAACCACUGCACGUACAAGAGAUGCCCAGCAUUAAUAUUAGAAGUGAAUUGAGGGAACAGAAAGUUUUACAAUUGGAUAUUUUACCUGAGCAAAAGGUGAGCCCCGACAACUUAGAGACGCAAACUAAUGUUGCCGUCAUUGCACUGCAACAUGAACCCGCACCUAAAGUUGAAAAGAGAAUCACACAUUACCCGCAAGUUGUACAUACCGCCCCUCCCCCGACCAAACCUGCCGUCAGAAGGGUGUCUAAAAUGUUGCCCUGCGACACCAGCGAUUCAACCAAUAAUACAAGUACUGACGCAGAUAGAGCUGUAAGUCAAAAGGCGCACAAACCUUCUGUGCGACCUCCGUCUCGACGGAUAUCCGCAAUCGUUGACAGCAAGAGUAAAAACAAUGCUAAAAGCAAAUUAACAACUAAGCCACCACAAAACCACCGCAACAUUGACGAGUGGAAGAAAAAAAUAAAUACUAUAUACGGUCUCCCAUCCACAUCCAGAAAUCGUAAAACAUAUCCAAAUCAAAAGUUAAGAACAUCACCUAAGAAAACGAAUCCAAUUCGAAAUGAACAAAUAUUAAAAUCUCAACUGAACAAUGCUGAGUACAUUCCUUAUACAAAACUGACAAUAGGAGGCAUUAAAGUGAGUGAUAUUGAAAGAGAAAUAUCCGAUAUCCCCGACAAAGAUAUACCUCUCAGUCCGAUCCUCGAUAAAAUAUUGACCAGUAGAGAAAAUUCUUUUCAUAACAAUCCCACUAAAGAAGGAAACAAACACGUUCUCACAACGUCUGAUGAAAACUUGCUGGAGGAAGUGUUGGAUAUUGAAAGGAAUGUUACCAAAACGUUGCGGAAAAAUGUCAAGGAAAAGGUAUCGCCGUCGAAAUCUAACGUGUCUAGUGAAACAGAGAGGAGUGAUAAACAUAUGACUUACGCUGAUGACUUUGAGGAGGAACGAACAGAACACGAGCUCUCAUUGUCUGAAGAUGAAGUAAAGAAUAUUCCCGCAGAUGACAAACACGAGACUUUUAACGAGAACGUCCAAACGCACGUUCACAAUGCUACAUACACGAAAUCUACAAACCUCUCGCUUAAAAACUCCGUCGAUAUUUUCGAGUUCGUCCACUCAAUAGAUACGCAAGAUCACGCGACUCAGAGCAACCCCGUAUACAAAAUAUCAUUGAAAGCGACCCAGACUUCGCCUAGGAACAUACAACCUAUACACAACGAUCUGUGGCCUACGGAAAAUACUAGAGAAGAGAGGGACAAGAAAGUAAACGAGGAAUUAAUCAAAAAACUGAUAAUGGAUGAAUGUUCAGAUAUACUCAAAAAGAACUUGGCGCAGCCCUCCACGUCUGAAAAUAAAGAAGGCAAGAAAAACUUUGCAGCGUCACAGAAAAAUACGCAGACGUCGCCCGCGCACGUGCGGAGCGUGAUGACGUCACCGACCAAAACUAAGACUCGAACGACGUCACCGCUAGCACUGGCCCUGACAGUGGACCGGCAAACCAGUCCAGCGGCGCCGGCGCACCGCGAGGACCUGCGCAUUGAACUGGAUGAGAUCAACGAACUGGCACUGUCGAUCAAUCUGUCCUCGCCCCGGUUCAGCUUACGUCUGCCGCGGACGUCGCGCGAUGUGCUGUCGAACCUCGACGCCACCCCAUCCAAGUUAGAAAGCAAGCCGCAUAACACAACAGUUAAAUUUCUCAACAAGUGCAGCAGUUUAAGUUCAGCGGACGGUGACUACUCGUCAUCAGACAUAAGUAGUCUGGGUGAGAUCGAGCGUAAAUUUAAAAGAAAAAUAAAAAAGAAUAAAAUUCCUACAAUAUCCGAAUCCAGCGGUUCCUCGAUCGUAUCCAAAUAUAGUUCAGAUAUUUCCAGUGUCAUUCUGCCUUUAAGAAGUGAGGGGGAGGUGAGUGCGGGGAGGGGGGAUGUUAGGAAAUCUAGAUUUAGUAGAAGUGACGGAGAAGUCAGUGUGGGACAGACGUUGCAUUGAUAGUUGCCUCGGUGUUAAAAUCUGUUAGUCAGCGGAUAAAUAUAGCGUCAGCAAUUGUUGUCUGACUGUAUGCGGCCAUCUCAGCGCAUUAUGUAUUAAAAUGCUUCUUAUUCAAAUAUUUUAUGUAUAUACAUAUUGAAUUGUAUAUAAAAACUAGUUG